UCAACACACACAGCUGCGUAACUACUGCUUGGAGAGAUGACGACCCGAUUCAAGAAGAACCGGAAGAAGCGCGGCCACGUGAGCGCCGGUCACGGCCGUAUCGGCAAGCACCGGAAGCAUCCCGGAGGCCGCGGUAACGCCGGAGGUAUGCACCACCACCGCAUACUCUUCGACAAGUACCAUCCAGGAUACUUCGGAAAGGUGGGUAUGCGCUACUUCCACAAGCUGAGGAACAAGUUCUUCUGCCCUACCGUCAACAUUGAUAAGCUCUGGUCUCUGCUCCCGACGGAGGUCAAAGAGAAGGCCGCCAAGAGCAAGGACUCCGCCCCUGUGAUUGACGUCACCCAGUUCGGAUACUUCAAGGUUUUGGGUAAGGGUGUCUUGCCGACGGCUCAGCCCGUGGUCGUGAAGGCCAAGCUUAUCUCGAAAAUUGCAGAGAAGAAGAUAAAAGAAGCCGGUGGUGCUGUCGUUCUCACGGCUUAGGUUUAUUUACUUUUGUUUUAAUCGAGUAGUUAAUGGAUUUUGAUGAACUUAAAGUUUAUUUUGAAUUUCUUAUUGAGACUAUUAUGCUUCAGUAUAUUUUGAGUUUUCUUUUAUAGCAGACUUUUCUGUAACAAUGUGGGUGAUUUUCUCAUUUGUUUAUGGAGAAACAAAUUGUCU